AUGGUGUUUGAUGACGCGUAUCAGGUGAUAGGGUUCGUGGGAGGCUGCAUGUUUCCUUUGUCCACAGCGGCUCAGACAUACAAGGUUCUUAGGACCAAAUCAGCCACCGAUAUAAGCUAUGCCUGGCAAUUCAUUUUUGCACUCGCGCAUCUUCUCUACCUCGUUUAUUCUAUUCAUUUCGGCUUAUGGGUCAUUUACAUCCCUCAAUCCGUGGAGAUUGCGCUCUUAAUCUUCAUGAUUGUUGCCAAAGUGUAUUUUGACAAUUUUGGACCCAAGCGCAAGAUCACACGUGCCACGGGAAAGAGCGCGUCCACCACAGCCAUGUUGGAUGUUGGACAACCUCUUGCCAUCCUUCAGCUUCCAAGGCGCAUCUUCAAUCCUUCGUUCAUGUCCGAUUUAGAACUCGAGGUUCCUGGGGCCUUCGACCCGUUUGCUGACGCGAAUGCUGCUGAUGAUCCUGGAGCCGGAACUAAGGAUUACGUCCAUAUCCGUAUUCAGCAACGGAAUGGUCGUAAGAGCCUGACAACUGUUCAAGGCUUAAAGAAAGAAUUCAACUACAACAAGAUAUUGAAGGAUUUUAAGAAGGAGUUUUGCUGCAACGGAACCGUCGUUCAAGACAUCGAGCUUGGUCAGGUCAUUCAGCUUCAGGGCGACCAGCGGAAGAACGUUUCCCAGUUCCUUAUCCAGGCUGGUAUUGCGAAGAAAGACCUCAUCAAGAUGCAUGGUUUCUAA